AUGGGUCACACAAGAAAGCUCCGCUCCAGUCCCAGCAAACUCGGCGUCCGGCGACAUUCCGCUGCCAUCUUUUUUGAGGUCUGCUGGGAAGCUGUCUAUUUUGAACUUUGGCUUCUUUCAGAACGCCAAAAAACGGAAAGUCAUGGACGAGCUUCUUCUCAAUUCCAGCCUCAGGUGCGUGAUAUGAGUAAUGAAGUAGUCGCAGAAUUAUAAAACUGCACAACUUUAGCGUGUUCAUCGGGCAAAACGAAAAAUGCUUUGAAACGCAAAAAUUUACUACUGUUUUGGAGCAACUUUGGCGCGCCGAUGAACACGAUUUUUUUUUUUGAAGCAUGUUUCGAUUAACCGACGAACACGCCACUAGUAUUCGAGAAGAGUGGAAGAUAUGCAAUGAUUUAGAAACUUAGAGCUUCUGCUUUCAAAAACUAAGGUACAGCGUAGUUUGGUUCUUACAAAAUCUCAAUAUUGUACGUCAUAGAAGUUUUUUUUUAAUAUUGUAAGUUUCGAAUAGAAUGACAUCUCUCGAUAAUUUGGUUCCGUUAUUUAGGCUCUGCAAUUUUUCUUAUUUUUGUGAUAAUUUUUUUAACAUCAGACUAACGUUUCAGUACGGGCAAAGCCCAAAAGGUCUUUGGAAAAAGGCCUUAAAGACACCUUUUUUUUAGAUCUUUUCCAGAAAAGGACCUUUCAAGGAAGAAAAGGGAGAUUCCAAGAUACUAUUGACCUUUUUUAAAAACCCAAAAAGAAGCUUUAGACCCUACUUUUUGAGGCCUUUUUAAGACCGUUUUUACUUUGCCUGAGUACGCGGGAAGCCUUGACUUGUGAACUAUUCUAUUUUCCAUAGCUUCACCCAAAAAGUCAUCCUUCUCAGAGCUUUCAGAAGGGCAAGAAAAUAAACCGAAUUAAAGUUUUCUUGGAUGAGUUGCCAUUGAAUUCACUUCAAUCGGGAGCUUGGCCUGGAUCAUAUUUUUGAGCUGUUUUCAGAGACUAUUUUGUUUUUCCGCUGCUAAAAUAUCCAUCAGAUUGGUUAAGACGCGUCGACUCGGCCUCUGGCAUCGUCCAUCCGCCGCGACAGCAUGCCAAUCCUCCAGGAGAAACUCCAUUCAUCGUUCUCCCUGUCGAGUCCCGAUUCUCGCCCAUGUUCGAGCGCAGCCGUUUCGCGCUGGACAUCGGUUAUUUUUAUAUUCUGGGAUAGCUGUAGAAUUCUUAAAGAAAAUUAUUAGAAGUGCGCAUGUGAUUUUCAUCUGAUUUUUCCACUGCAACCUUCCUGCAAGCAACUGGUUUGCAACUUGCAAAGUAGUAAUUUACAGCAGCUGCAAACUAGUGCGUUUUCAGUUGCAAAUUCAUGAAACUGCUUACUUUAAUUCAACCUUUUUAAUUUUAAGUUGCGCAAAUACACGAAUACAUAUGAUUCCGGACCUGAGUUAAUUAAAAAAAUUUUUAAUCGAAAAAAAAGAUGCUCAAAUUGAAUCAUUUUCCAGGAGGAACUCUCUUGAAACUGGUAUACUCCUCUGUUUGUCAACCGGGCUCCAAACCUCAACACGUGUUGAAUAAUGGAAAUAAGCAGAAGAAGCUCAGCGAAGAUCCCGAAGUCCACGUGAACUUCCUCAAAUUCGGCUCCAUCGAGACGUGCAUUGAGUUCAUCAAAAAAGUCAGCCUACAGCUGUAUUCUCGCCAAAUUUUCGCUUUGCAACUCUCAGAACUGGAAGGAUCGUGUGGAGACCGACGUGCUCCACUGCACCGGCGGAGGUUCCUACAAACACGCGGAACUUCUGCAAAAGGCGCUCGGCGUCAAGUACGCCUUUUUUCACUACUAGAAAAUAAUCUGACGGUCAUUUAGUAAAAAUUAGUUCUUUCAAACGCGUCAUAGGUCAAGGUUCCCUCAAAGUCGCUACUUAAGAGUAGUUUCAAACGAUUUCCGACUUUAAAAGCUUGCAUUUACAAAAUUGGAAGUUUGCUCAGGUAUUCACUAUGCGGGAGCUUCACGGGCAAAGCCCAGAAGGUCUCAAAAAAGCCUUUAAAUGACCUCACAGACUCCUUCUCAAAAAGUAGUUUCAGACUCUUCCUUUUAAGGUCUUUUUUGAGACCGUUUGGACUUUGCCUGUGUUAUUCUAGACCUUUCAAUACUAUUCAAAAAGAAUUUCCGGAAAUUACAUUAUUCGAACUGGAAUGAACACUUCCAUUAAUUAUACACAAAGUUCUUUUUUUGGCAUAUCCCUUCGGUUUAUCCUCAUGAAAUGUUUGAAGAGUUCGCCGGACUGACGAAAUGAAUUCGCUCAUUUACGGUUGCGACUUUCUUCUGCGGAACAACGAGGACGAGUCGUUCACCUAUCACCACGAAGCGAAAGGCCUUGAGAAGUUUGUUUUUUUGCGAUUUCAUGAGAAACAGUUCCACUUGUACAACUUUGAAAGAAAGUUUAGAUCAUUUUGUUUUUUUCUUAAUUUUUUUGCUCGUUUGAAGGAUUUAGUUUCAAUUAAAUAAGGCUUAAGUGGUCCUUAUAGGGGUCGUUCAAUUUUUUUCAUAAAGGUUUUUUUAGUUUUUUUUUUUCAUGGAAAGACUUCUCUGCUCAGAGUUCAUAAUAAUUAUCGACUGGCAUGUCCCCUAUAGGGACCACUCUGAUGAUCCUUAGUUAAAUUUGAAAGAAGAUUGUUGUUUGACCUUCCCCUCUGCAUUAAACCUUCUAUUAUGGAUAGUGUUCUCUUUUUUUUUCCCGUUUUCGUGAUUUAUAAUUCUUGGGUAUAAUAAUGGCACCUAGGGGUUGUUGCUAAAAACUAUUUUAAAUAUAUCCAAGAGAAAAAAAUUUGACGAACCCUACAAGCCGUUACUUUUCAGACUCGAAAAGUUUCGAUCUUCCCUUUGUUACUCAACCAAUUGUUUUCCAGGUUCCAGUAUCGACCGAUCAAUGCUGAUUCGAUAUAUCCCUUUCUGCUCGUCAACAUCGGUACUGGAAUCAGCAUUUUGAAGGUUUGUAAAUAAUCUAAAGCUUUGUGGAAUUAUGUUUAUGGAAACACGGUACUUGAAAUCGUUUCAAAACCUCUUUGAUCUGUAAUGAUCGUCUAAAAAUGCAGGUAGACUCGCCGACGGAGUUCCAACGCGUUGGCGGCAGCUCCAUGGGCGGCGGCACGUUCAUCGGCCUCGGAAAUUUGCUGACUUCUGCCACCGGUCAGUCUGAAGAGCUCUUCUCCAAUUCAAUAGCUUGAACUCCCAGUUCAGACUUCGAUGCUUUGUUGAAAAUGGCGGAUCGCGGCGACCAUCGCAAAGUCGAUACACUGGUGAGUGUUGGGGGUGGAAAACUGUCAACUUCGAUCUCAUUUCUGACAGCGUAUUGUCGCUGUAUAGCUUGUUCGAGGCUGGCUUGAGCCAUCAAAAAAUGGGUCUCGACACGAUAAGUGAAGAGAUAGUGCCUGGUUGGUGGAGAGCGCAGACAGGCUACGCCCUAUUAGCGUCCCAAUUUAGUCGUGAAUCGGCUAUAUCUGAGACUAACAGUGUCUUUUCAAACUAUUCAAAAUACGAGUGGGAGCUUAGAGAUUUUCAAAAAGACGCCUAUUUCAUUUCUAUUUAAAGCUGGCUUUUUUUUUUACAAAAUUUUUUAAAAAUUAGGAAUAAAAUCAAUUUUCAAUCUCCAGGUGGUUUUUUCGGCCACAAUAGUAGAAUUUCGAGCCUCAGGGAGGUAAUAUUAACUUUAAUUUAGGAAAACUUGGGAGGAGGCGACCUUUGAAAAUGGUCUGCCUAUGUAUGCACGGAAGCUUUUUUUAAAUCUUCAUUGUGCUCAGGAAAAAAUUUUUGAAGUGGUGGCUGAGAAAUAUAGGAUCGAUUCAUCAACAAAAUGUUCUCAUUUCUAGGUCAGCGACAUUUAUGGCGGCUCUUAUGGGAAUCUGAAUCUCCCAGGCGACCUGAUCGCGGGCUCAUUCGGAAAGGUUCUUUUUAAACUUCUACUUUAAAUAAAUCAGUAUAUUUCUCCAUUUUUCGAGAGAAAUUUUCAAAAAUGUUGCAGUGUAACAAGUACGACAACCGCCCGAGUUCGACACCGCCCUCGCCCGAAGAUAUAGCAAAAAGUCUGCUCCUCAUGCUCAGCAACAACAUCGGACAGGUCAGAAUGAUUUUUCGAUCAAAAUGCAGAACUUAGAAACUCCAAAGUGGUCCCUAUAGUAAAAUACUUAGGGGCCAUUGGAAGGUCUCUAUUUACGACCACUUUAUCAUCCCCUAUAGGGGUCACUAAAGCUUGCAAAAGGGGUCCCUAUAGGGGGCAUCCCAGUCGAUGAUAUUGAUACUCUUAGCGAAGAAGCAUUUCCAUGGAAAAACUGAAUAAAAAGCGUUUUUGAAUGAAAAUGAAAGGCCUAUUUAGGGUCCACUUGAGGUUCAGCGAGUCAGGCCCUUAUAGGGACCAACUUAAUUUUACCCCUUUAGAGACCACUUUUUCGGCCCGAUAGGGGCUUUUUCUUCCCUAACCCCAAUAGGGACCACUUUGGAACUUCUAAGAAGUUCGCAUCAGAAUAUGAAGUUUCACUUUGCAGAUGGCUAUGCUUUACGGCCACCGCUACGGAAUGAAACGAGUCUACUUCGGCGGCUUUUUCAUCCGGAAACAUCCCAUCACAAUGCGCACGUUGAGCUAUGCCAUCAACUUCUGGAGCAAAGUUAGUUUUUUCAUUCCAAUUCAAACUUCCUUUGUAGGACGACCCUUCCGAAGAAGUUACUUAAGGGUUCUAGGACAAAAGCGAAUUUCUUUUUACGAAGAAUACUGUAUGUAGAAGUCCGCAGUUGGGCGUGCAAUUCGCGUGUUUGCACACUGCGCGUGGCUCCGCUUUUUUUUUCUUGAUCUAAAUUUCAUGGAAAUGGAUUUCCACUUAUGUCGAAUUGGAUUAACUAUUCAUUUUGACUUAUCAUUGAAAAACUAAAAAUAAUAAAAAUGAUGCAUGCACGCAAUGCGCAUAUUCGCAUACAGUACUCUACAGUAAUCUCCGAAAAAGCAAAGCUCGCUCUUGUUGUAUAGCUGAUUCACGGCUAGCUUCGGACUAUAAGAGGAGGUGGCCUGUUUGCGCUCUCCACGAGCUAGGAACUAUCUUGAGCAUAGUCGUGUCAGGACCCUUUUUCGAUGGCUCAAGCCAGCCGUGAAUCAGUUGUAGCACCGUACCUAAAGCUUGUUCAUAAGACGUAACUGAAGGAAAUGGGGCAGGGUGAGACGGAGGCGCUGUUCAUGAAGCACGAAGGCUACCUCGGCGCGAUGGGCGCGUUUCUCGACGAAAACGGCGACCAUGCCUGA